GGCCGGGCGGGGAGCGAGCGGCGCCUGCCGGGAAACCGCGGCCUGGCCUCCGCCGCCGCCUCCUGCGGCCCGGCGCGCCUGCGCCUGCGCGGGAGGAGAGAUGAACUCAUGCUGAUUCAGAAGUCCUGGGUGCASUGCACAAGCCACGUGCCUCACAGCAGCAGCACUGACCAUCAUCCAUGACUCUUCUGUCUGAGUGACUCAAGAAGUGCAUUCCUGAAGAGACUUCACGUGCCUGGCAGAGAAAUACUCUUCCUGAUUACUGCACCCAAAAUUGAAUCUACCACUGAGAUCAACAAAAAAGAAAUGAUAAAAUUUUUUCUUAUGGUUAACAAACAAGGUCAGACAAGACUGUCCAGGUAUUAUGAGCAUGUAGAAAUUAAUAAACGUACAAUGCUAGAAGCUGAAGUAAUCAAAAACUGUCUCUCCCGUUCAAAGGAUGAGUGCUCUUUCAUUGAGUAUAAGGACUUCAAGCUGGUGUACCGACAAUAUGCAGCCCUUUUCAUAGUUGUUGGCAUUGACCAGACAGAGAAUGAGAUGGCAGUAUAUGAACUAAUUCACAAUUUUGUGGAAGUUUUGGACAAAUACUUCAGCAGAGUGAGUGAAUUAGAUAUCAUGUUCAAUUUGGACAGAGUGCACAUAAUUUUGGAUGAAAUGGUGCUAAACGGUUGCAUCGUGGAAACAAACCGGAACAGAAUUCUUGCCCCUCUGUUUGUGCUUGACAAAGUGGCAGAAAGCUAGGAAGAUGCAAGACUAAGGCAUUUUACAAAAGACAGCAAAAGCAUCAAGAAUCUACUGAUAGCAGUUUUCUGAUGUUGCUGACUCAUGCAAUAUUCAGAUUGCAAGACUGACUCAUGCAAUAUUCAAAUUAAGUGGCAAAUGUUUUCCAUUUCUCUUACACUGAAUGUACCUAAAGGGAAACAGACAGUUAAACCAUGGGGAUGCAUUCAGAUGUGGCUUUACUGACACAGUAGAAAUCUUCCUAGAAUGGCUGGCAAUUUUAAAACAUUUCGAGGACAAAGACAUGGAAACGUACCAUGAUUGAGUUGAUAUAACUUUGAAAGUAGUAUCAUGCCAGACCUAGGAGACAAAACACAUAGAAAUAUAAAUUUAAACUGAGUUUCAGUCAUUCCCUUAAGCACCAACUUGAUUUUUUUUAAACUACAUUCAUCCUUCAUCAAAAAGUUUGUUUCCUUCCCUUUGCCAUCCAAGUAAUGGACACAGAAGAAAGUASAGAUGUGUAUUUUGUAUUUCUGCAUACUGUGCAAGUUGUAACUGGAAUUAUUUAGCACUUAAAUAUUUUAAUAUUAAUAAAAUAUCAUUAAAAUUGGAAGUUUUAAUACUCUUUGAUCAUGUUCACUUCAUAUAUUACACAUCUUUUCGGUUUUGGCACACCAGUGUAUUUUUUUUCUUUUGUAUAUGCUAUGCAUGCAUCAAGUUUGAAACCCUUAUAGAAACUGAGUAAUAAAAGAUACACAAGUUCCUCAGCACCAGGUAAAUACCAAAUUAAAUCUCCCUUCUUGAGGAGGCAGCUGUAGCUACACCAAGUUGCACUCCCAGGCACACACAGCAUGCUGAUYCACACUUGCACACUACUCCGUAAAUCAGGGCAGCGUGAGCAAUCUGASCUUCCUUCCACUUAACUUUCUAGAACUAAGUUAUCUGGCUCCUUCUUCUUAAUCUCCAGCCCAACCCUAGAUACAACCUGAUACUGAACAAGCAUAUUCUAUGUGAGCUCUAUGUGUGAAAGCAAGUACUGGUCACAUAAAUACCACCCAGAAAGCAGGAUCUAAGGAGCAAAGAGUGUUGUGUAUGAAAAUAAUCCACGGGGCUUUCACACAGUAACAUGUUUAUCAAAACAAUAUGAUGUUGGGUUUGGAGCAGAGUUCCAUAAACAUGGACAUAGGUGUUUGAAGCACGGCAGGCACAGGAGUGGGCGGGAUGGGGGAUAUUCCCUUCCAAUUCUCCAUUAGGGAAUCUUUACAACACAAUGCUGUAAAGUCCUACAAAUAAUGCAAUGAAAAGAAAACUGCCAUCAACCUGAUGUAUAGGCAGUCUUUUGGCAAGCCCCUCUCAGCAGGCCCGAGAAAAGGUUGUUACCAAAGAGAACUGGCACAAAGCAAAACUUAUUACAUAGAUUGAACUACCAUAGUUGUUUUUUUUCUGGCAUGGAGUACUUAAAUAUCUCUCAAGACACAGUGUCAUCUUGCUUUAUCUUACUGUAACCCACUUUUUACCAAUAAAUAUCAUGUGCUAAAACCAAGACAGUCACUCCAUCUCAAGUAAAUGUGAAUCAGCUCUAUCAUCUGACCCAGMUUUUAGUCCAAUGUAAUAAAGAGCUAUAGUCCUAGGUCACAUGAAGAGCACCAAAAUCUGCCACACGCAGGUUAUCACUGCCAGGCUCAUUUUUAGAAGYUGCACUAAUUCUGAAAAGAUUUGAACACAGAGAUGAAUUUGUGAGAUCAGUAGUUCCUUUAUGUAGUUCUUUUAAACCUUUAAAAAAGCAUGGCACAUUGUUCAGAACACGUACAGAGAUUUAAUAAGUACUAAUGAAGUAUUCAGAAGAGACAUUUUUAUAUGUUGCAAACAUUUUAAUGAUUACUUUUGAGCUUACACAUUGGGUGUUUCUUUUUUUUAAACUUCAAACUGCAACAAGUUAAAUAAAUGUUUAUAAUAUACAAAGAAAAUACAACCAAAAGUAAAACUUGCUUUAAGUGUGCCUUGCACUAGGAACCAGUGUUUUUUAAUAGCUUUAUUGUUGAGCUGCACAAACACACUUAAGGAUUUGAUCUUUAUAGCCGGGCAUUUGAGAAAUCAAAAUAUAUUCCCACUUGAAAGAAAAAGAAGAAAAAAAAAUGGUUGUGCAUGAUUAUACGCAAAAACCCACUAAAAUACUCCAAUAGUGCAGGCACCAUUAAAAAAGAAAAGGCUGGAGAUGCCCAUUUAAGUCUAAAUUUUAAAGGAAGCAAGUUUCUGACCAGUUAGCUUAAAGCCAGCAAAACAGGGAUCAGUGAUGGCAACUGUAGUGUACAGGGUAUUAAAAGACAAACUUUACACAAUACACUGUUAGAAAUUUGUAUCAGUGAACACUGAAAAUCUGAUGAUCUGUUCUUUGGAACAGUCAAACAGAAACACCUUAAUUUCCAGUUGUGCAAGCCCUUGAAGCAUCACACAGUGUUCUGUGCCAAUUUCUUGCUGGCUGUGUAGUUACAAGGAUUUAUUUUGUCAUUAGCAGCUAACAAACAUUCCACAUUUUCCUAAAGCCUCACAGGUGAAAAAAAGGCAAGUCUCAUCAGAGCACAGCGUGGAGAUCAUAUUUUUUGCACACAAACACAAGAGGCUUCGCUAGUAUCAAAAAACACUUUCAUGUCCCAGGCUGCAGUCAGCGGCUCAGUUGAGAUGGAAGCCUUUCUCCAUGGUAGCAGCUAGCAGACGCUCCCUCAUAAUCUCCUCGGAAGAAUACUCAGGCAACUUUAGGUAAUGCACACAUGUAUUCACAGAUGGAUAACUUGCAUCUGUAGCAUCAACCUGAGGGAAGAAAAAGAAUCUUUAUUGCAGUUGUUCACAGCACUUGGUAUGGAAGUUAGAAGUUGUAUAAUUUAUGGCAUUUACUGCAUACAUAACAUCAGUUGUCAAGAAGCAGUAGCAUCAGCAAAGCUAUAUGCCAAUUUAUGAAUAUAUUUGCUUUAUAUGUAGAUUAAAACUUUAAUAUUUCAAUAUAAAUAUAUGAAAWAUAUAUAUAUGGUAUCAGAGAACAGACCUGAAACAAGAGGUUAGUACUGAAAGCUUAGCAUAGUGCCAUAAAUAAAAAUAACUAAAAUAAAAACCAUCAUUGUUAACAUAGAAACUCUUCCAUUGCAAAGCCAAAGCAGGUGGUUUAAAGGGCAAGCGGGACAAGCCGUACCUUGCGCACAACAGUGAGCCGGGGAUGGAGGUUUGCCAGUCCUCCUGGUGGGAGUGUUGAACAGCCAGUGGUGAACUGGAGAAAAGCUUUCCUCUCAUCCGAAGACAUACCACAUAAGACUCUCACAAAUCGAAGGAAUCCAGGGCUUAAAAUAUAUUAAAAUAAUUAGUUCCGAUAACGCUUAAAGAGAGUAGGGGCCUUUUUAAAAUUUCUCUUAAUUUGACACAGUAGAAUUAUGAUCUUUAGUCAUGUUUAAGCAGACAUUUUAAGRUUCUGGGGCCUGUUAAAUAUUAAGAAUAAAAUAUCUUGAAAAAAUUAUUCUUUAAUCUCCUUGCAGAGUAUUACACAGAAAAAUGUAGGUAYGUACUUAGCUUGGGAUGUUACUUGGGUAUCUUGCAUUUGAAUGCAUAUGACUGGGUUGAGAAGUAGAGCUCAAACAUUUCAGCAGGCUUAUUCUAACAYAAUUCCAGAAGUAAUUUGUAUCUUACUGCUACCAACCAUGACAAGCAGCAAAAACAAAUAGCUUAGGAUAGUACAAUUGCUUUUUUAACUAACUUUAAGACAAAGAAAUAAGAAAUAUGGGCAAAGUAACAACUGUAUGCAAUUGGGAAAACCUUAUUAUCUACUAUCAAACAUGAGAAUAAAAACUCUAAAAUGCUAUUUUUAGUAGUCUGUAUUAGUUGUCAUUAURUUUUCACUAGUUACUGGUAUUUGAGUAAUUUAUCUCCUCUCAUCACAGAACUACCAAGYACCUUCUAAGCUAUCUGCUGUAACAUACAUGGUUAUUUCAUGCAGUUUUAUACCUUCUCUUCAGUAACCACCAAUUUCAUCCAAUUUGGCAUCUUCAUCUACUGAACAUUCUGGACAUUCUGUCACUUAAMGUUAUCUUUUAGCUACUUUUUAAAAUCACUCAGAAUAAAAGUACCUAUCUCUUGUAUAUCCCAGUUUGGGUUCGGUGUAAUUGAUGAUAUCCUCAGCUGCCCAAGAAGGCGAUUGAUUUCCACAAAGAAUCAUCUGAACCUCUUCAUGGCUGAAGGAACUCAGCUUCUCCAUUGGAAAGACUCUGUUGAAGCCAUCUUUAAUUUACACAAGAUACAGUUAUAAACAUGAAUCCAGAUAACGUUUAUAAAAGUCUCAGCAUUCUAAUUCAUAUUUUAGUCAAACCAGAAUCAAUCCAUAGUUUCUUAAUCAAGGUAAAUGGAACCUCUUCACAAUUAAAAACCAGCAUAAUUAAUGCAAAGAUAUUCUGAAAUUAGUAUCUUACCUAUUGCAUUCUUAAUUAAAAAGUUUAUUUUUGAAAGCCAUUCUAUGUCACCACUUUAAAUCAGCACACCCUAAACAUCCAUUAUUCUACCUAACUGCAUUUGUUGUUAUACUUAAAAUUACCUCUGAAGGCUUCCAUUUGUUUCUGUAUUCCAGUAUGCAUGCAGAAGUCAAACAUGAGAUCUACAUACUCCUCUGCAUUAUCCAUUGUCACAGUCUGCAAAGAYAGUAGAUAAAUACUGUAAGAAUUCACUGUUCAUGAAAGUUAUUGUUCAGAGAAUAAAAAUUUAACUGCUGGUUAAAUUGUAAAGGUAGAUUGUUUCCUUACCUCAUCUUCACCGCCUGGUUUAAGAUCCACAGCUGUAAACCCAUAUACUUUGGAUGAAGGGCAAAACUGAAAA